UCAACGUAAAGAAGUAAGAAGAGGGACCAGCGGCAACUGAUGACUUUCACACACAAUUAAGAGAAAGGAGUAAAACGGCAGCGUUGAGUCUUACUUACGAACCGAACCGAACCGAACCGAACCGAAAUAGAAAUUCCGUCGUAUCGGUUGGGGUUGGGUGCGUUCCGGAAACGGCUUUGAAUCAUCACAACCGGAACAAGAAGACUGCAGGGACAAGACAAGCAUGGCAAUCGCUCAAAGUUUGCUAUUAUCUGUACUGCUGGCCUUAUCAUCCUCGUGUCUUGUCGUUCUCUCCGAAACUACGGCUUCUUCAACUGGGCAUAGCAACAACGAGAAUAUCUCUGUCUCCGAAUUGCAGAAAAUCAAGCUCAAGAUCGCCCACUUAGAGGCCGUACUAGAGGAGACCAUCCAAAAGCUGAAUGAGAAGGCGCAUUACAUUGAAGAGCAGGAGAAACUAAUUCAGCAGAUGUCGCGUAAGAUCGAUGUUUUGCAGUCUGAAGUCUUGAAACUCAGGAGUGACUCAUUACAUGCUGAUCGAAGGCUUUAUGCUCUGGAAGAAGAGGUGCAACACCUUUGGGCUGCUUCAAGAAAGAACAAUUUUGAUAUUCAUGUUCUAGCAUCUAAAGCACAGGAUGCAGAAGACAGGUUGGAGACCGUUAGCUCUCGAGUUGAAAAGAUGUCUGACAUUGUUACAGAACAAUGGAUGGAAAUUCAGCGGCUUGAGCAGGCUCUUCAUAUCACACAAACAAGGGCUUUGAGAGCUCAAAGGCAAAUAAGCUAUUCGAGGUGUUCAUUCUUGAAGUUCAUCAACCAAUUAUCUGGUGAUCAUCUUCAAAAGGUGCAUGGCAUACUGGAUCCAUAUAUUUUCUGGAAAGGAUCUACCUUCAAUUCCUAUUUUUCUCAAGGUUUGCAUCAGUUGAAAAAAGUCUUUGACGUGACUAAAAAGUAUCAUCACAAGUUGCAACGUUUCAUCAAGAAAGAAAUGGAGAAGAAUGAAUUUACUGCAUCUCUUGCCAACAAUAUAUGCAAAUUUCCAGGCUUCUGCUUUAAUUACCUUUCCAAUAAUCAGUGGUUGGAUGUUCCUCUCAUCACAAUUACGCUAGUUGGGACUUUUCCAAGUUUUGAAUGAACAGAAUUUAGUUGAAGGUUACAGAUGUAAUUCUGAUGUGUUUUGACAGAGUUGUCAGAUUUUACAUAGUAGAGAGUAGCAGCUUUACUAAUGGAACAAGAUAUCGAAUUUUCUGUACAACAGGUUGAAAGAAAGGCAUAGGAUUCGAUGCAUAUGUUAAAUGAUCCCUGCAGCUUUGCUUUUUCAUUUUGAGUUGGAUCCUUUAUGCAGUUAACCUACUCUUUUUUUCUUUUUCUUUAUGACAAAGCUCGUAAAGUGAUUAUAGACGUUUCACCCAACGGCCGUUGGUUGUUGCUUUAAACGGCCACACAAUUUUUAUCUUGUAUGUUUUUGUAUGAAUGAGUUUUAAAUGGUUGCAGCAAAUUGUAUUUAACUGAUUUCCAGUUUGAUCAUAAAUGGUGGUUCGGUAUUAUGAAUAGUCCAUAUAGAUGGAUGAUACAUUUCGGAUAUGGCAUUUAACAUGGUGAAUGGUCACUAAAUGAUGUUUAUGUUAUUUAUUUAUUUAUUUAUUUUCUUGUUAUUUUAUUAUGAGAU